AUGGCGGGGCUGUGCGACAGCGGAUGCGGCACGGUCCGUGACAGGAAUGGAAAGCGGCUCGCGGAUGGGAUGGCGACGAAGCGAGGCAAGACAGCUGGUGGCAAGGAAGAUGAUGAGGUCCGACGACGGGCCGUGGUGGAAACGGUGCGCGAGGUGUCGGCCCCGACGGCGAUGCAGCACGUCCUCGACACGAGCGAGCUCCUCGAGCUGAUCCUCCUGCACGUCGACAUGCAAACGCUGCUCACCUCCGCGCAGCGCGCAAGCCGCACCUGGCACGCCCUAAUCACGACGUCACCGCCCCUCCAGCGACGGCUCUUCUUCCUGCCCGAGCGGCGCCGGCCGCCGGACCAAACCACCUCCAAUCCGGACGACCCCACCACCGUCGUCACGGAGCCGGACCUGCGGCGGGCGCGCGAGCAGCACCGCGUCGACAACCCGCUGCUCGUGGCGCACUUCGGGCCCUUCUUCGGAGACGCCGUCGACCCGCUGCAGCUGGUCCCCGCGGCGGGGGAGGUGACGCUCGAGGAGGCGCUGUGGGAGCUCGACGAGGAGAUUGCGGUGCCGAGCGCGCGGACCGUCUUCCGCGGGCUGCCGCUGCACAGGCUGCACGUGGAGACGGGGUGCGGCGACAGCGCGUACAGGCGCGAGGGCGCGUCGUGGAAGAGGAUGCUCACGUCGCAGCCGGCUGUCACGCGGGUCGGGUUCCUGCGCCAUCCCGGCACGCGCAAUGACCCGGAGAUGCAGGUGUUUGAGCCACAGGCGCGGCCGCACGAGCGCAACACCAGCGAUGGAUGCCCCUCACCUUCAUCCUCUUCCUCAUCGUCGUCUGCCGAGUCGAGCAGAGUGUCCGAUGCCUCCUCGACCUCAUCGUCCUCGUCGUCCCCGCCGUCAUCCGCCUGCACCCCAGAGCCCGAGCCCGAGCACGACCACGGCCUGCGCAUGGGCCACCUCUACCACGAAGUCCUCACGCGCGUGCGCUGGGCCGACAUCGCCAAGUUUCAAGUUCUCGCACACGCGCAGGCCCUGCCGCGCGACGAGUUCGUCCGGCGGGCGACGCUGCCGCGGCCGUGGAGCGCCGUCUGGGGCGACGAGGACGCGUCCGGGCCCGGGUCCGCAGCCGGGUCGACGGCCGCGGGGGACGGCGCCGGCAAGGCCGUCGGGCGGGCCGCGCUGCGCGAGAUGCACGACGCCGGGGCGGAGGUCGUCGUGCUGUCGUACCGUAGCGCGUCGAGCUGCUUCAUGGAUACGUGGGACCUGGGGAUCAAGUUUUGGGGCGAGUGCGCGGCAGGCAAGUGA